GUACAGUUGGCAACACUUUGUUUUUCGUAUGUUACCCGACAACCCGCGACCAUUCGAAUUUGCGCUCUAAAAAUUGUUUUCAAUUAUUAAUUUGAUUUGUCGUGCCAAGGUUUAUCGUUGGGUCUUUUUUGAAACGAUGGCAGAUGCAGGCGAAGGUGCUCCCGCUGAACAGAAGAAAAUAGUGCACACAUACCCCUUGGUGAAGAAUUCAGACAUGCCUGAGGAAAUGAAGCAAGAAGCUAUCGAUAUGGUUGUCACCGCAUGCGAAAAAUUUGCUUCAAAUAACGAGGCAGCAGCAAAGAUGAUCAAAGACCAAAUGGAUAAAAAGUUCGGACCACCUUUUCACGUCGUCGUAGGCGAAGGCUACGGCUUUGAAAUCUCUUACGAAUGUUUGAACCUGCUGUACAUGUUCUUUGGCGGUAAUGUGGCUGUGAUCAUAUGGAAAUGCUGAUGAACAAAGAAGGCAAGAACAACAACAAAGAGACAGAUUCGAUUUUAAGGCGAAACAUAGGAUUUAAUUUAUGAACAAAAUAUAUUUUCUAUAUAUAUGAAACAAAAAGAGAAAAAUAAUAUUAGUGUGCCAUAGUUUAUAUGUUUCAGUCCAUUUUUAUAUAAUAUUUAUAUAUAUAUAUUUAUACUCGCUUACUAAAAAAUAGAAACUCAGUCAUUAAAAAU